CGUUGUUUGACGUCAGAGAGGAUCGCUCCCCAGCAGAGAGAGCCCUUGAUAGUUUUUUUUUUUUUUUUUAAUUCGUGUAGAGGCGGAGAUUGGAGUUAACAGCGGAGGAGCCACUGACUCACACAGACGUGCCAACCAUCCGCGAUCCGAGCUUUCUUACCUGGCUUGGUCAUGGAUGAACAGGCGGGUCCCGGCGUCUUUUUUAACAAUAACAAUAACCCAAUAUUGUCCGGCGACGGGAAGGGACCGGGGACACAGUCCGAAGGAGGCGGAGGGGAAGCGGCCAGGGCUCAGUACAGUAUCCCGGGGAUCUUGCACUUCCUGCAGCACGAAUGGGCCCGAUUCGAGGUGGAGAGAGCGCAGUGGGAUGUGGAGCGGGCCGAAUUGCAGGCGCAGAUUGCCUUUCUGCAGGGCGAGCGGAAGGGGCAGGAAAACCUAAAGAAGGACCUGGUGCGGAGGAUCAAGAUGCUGGAAUAUGCUCUAAAACAGGAGAGAUCGAAAUACCAUAAAUUAAAGUAUGGAACAGAGUUAAAUCAAGGUGAUAUGAAACCGCCAAGUUAUGACUCUGAUGAGGGGAAUGAGAAUGAGGUUCAAGCCCCACAGAACAGCCAGCUAACAUGGAAACUGGGGCGCCAGCUACUGAGACAGUACCUGCAGGAGGUUGGCUACACAGACACAAUCCUGGAUGUGAAGUCGCAGCGAGUGAAAGCUCUGCUGGGUUUGGCUGGUGACGCUGUAGAGAGACCUUCGGAUAAGAACACUGAACCCAUGGUGAACGGCACAGAGCCUUCUUUAAAGGAAACCAUAAUGAUUGGGAAACCAGAUUUGACAGACUCUACAUCUGUCUUGGACACCUUUAAAUUUCUGGAGAGCGCAGCUGCAGAGUUUAGUGAUGAAGAUGAAGACGAUGACAGCGAUGGGAAAGAGAAGACUAUCAUAGAUUCUGCAACAAUUGUAAGAAAGAAGGUGUCCUCAUCUCCAUCGCCAUCCCAGUCACUGUCGUCAGAAGCCAGCGAUGAUCACGACACAGAAGAGGCCCUGAAGGAGUUUGAUUUCUUGGUGACCACAGAUGAAGUGGACGGGUCUGGAGAGUCCAGGAGCGCAGCGGAUGGGACAGAAUGGGAGAAGGAUGGCCAGUGUCCCAUACCUGAAGGCUGGGAUGUGGACCAAGGUUUAAUAACCAAACUCAAGGAGCAGUACAAAAAGGAACGCAAGGGGAAAAAGGGGGUGAAGAGGCCCAACAGGUCAAAGCUACAAGACAUGUUGGCGAACCUGAGAGACGCAGAAGACCUUCCCUCAGUGCAGCCCUCAGUGACUCCCCCAUCACGACCCAGCGUGGCACGGCUCAAUGAACAUGAAACAAACAGGACGGACGAAGUGGAGGCCUUGACAUUUCCUCCAACGUCAGGGAAGUCUUUCAUCAUGGGCACAGAUGAGGCUAUGGAGAGCGAGCUGGGGCUGGGAGAACUUGCAGGCCUUACAGUCGCCAAUGAGGCAGAUUCACUCACCUAUGAUAUUAGCAACAAUAAAGAUGCACUGAGGAAGACGUGGAACCCCAAAUUCACAUUACGGAGUCACUUUGAUGGAAUUCGGGGUCUCGCCUUCCACCCUGUUGAACCAGUCGUAAUAACGGCGUCAGAAGACCACACGCUCAAGAUGUGGAACUUGCAGAAAACCGCCCCGACGAAAAAGAGUGCCUCUCUAGAUGUGGAACCUAUUUAUACAUUUAGGGCUCAUAGAGGCUCGGUGCUGUGUGUAGUAAUGAGCACCAGUGGAGAGCAGUGUUUUAGUGGUGGUAUUGAUGGGACAAUCCAGAGCUGGAAUACGCCAAACCCUAACAUUGACCCCUAUGACUCCUAUGACCCCUCUGUGCUGCGAGGAGCCCUCUUAGGCCACACUGAUGCUGUGUGUGGGUUGGUGUAUAGCGGGGCCCAUCAGCGGUUACUCUCCUGUUCUGCAGAUGGCACCGUGCGGAUAUGGAACGCUGCCGAAACUUUACCAGCCCUCACCGUAUUUAAUGAAAACAGAGAGUUGGGGAUCCCCUCUUCCGUGGACCUGGUGUGCAGUGACCCAGCUCACAUGGUGUCCUCAUUCAACACGGGGCAGACUGGAAUCUUCAACAUGGAGACACGGCAGCUGGUUCUCAGCCUGGAGUCCAGUACAGACACUGGUACCUCUUGUAAGAUAAACAAAGUGUUGAGCCACCCAACGCUUCCCAUCACAAUCACAGCACAGGAAGACAGGCACAUCAAGUUCUUUGACAACAACACAGGAAAACUGAUCCAUUCGAUGGUGGCUCACUUAGAUGCAGUAACAAGUCUAGCUGUUGAUCCCAAUGGCUUGUAUCUGAUGUCUGGCAGUCACGACUGCUCUAUCCGCUUGUGGAAUCUAGACAGCAAGACGUGCAUCCAGGAGUUCACGGCUCACCGCAAGAAAUUCGACGAGUCUAUCCAUGACGUGGCAUUCCACCCAUCCAAGUGUUACAUCGCCAGCGCGGGAGCCGACGCCCUGGCCAAAGUCUUUGUAUGACACAGCGUGCCGCUCAACCCUUCUGUCCCUCUGUACUUCAACCAGCUAGGUUAGGCAAAUGGAACCAACAAAGAAGGGAAGGGGGUGUGGCUUAAGGGUGGGGGGUUCUAUAUCUCCCUGACCAAUCAGCUCUGCCCCUUGUAGCUCAUUGUUGACUCUGCUUGUGGACCUCACGAUUUCCCCUGUUUAUUCCAGUUCAAGGGCCAUGUAGUUUAGAUUGUCUGUAAUAAAACACAGCUAACUAUGGAGCUGUGCUCUUCAUCCAUCCAGGCAGGCCUGGGUGAUACUGGGCUUGUGUGAAUCAUGUGAACUUUAUCGAGAUGUUAGGGAUGAAUAGAACAACAGUUACACAGACUAAGGGGCAAUGGGAGAUUUUACCUGCAGGGUUUCACAUAAGAAAGUGGAGAGCAGAAGGGGUGUUCUCUUUUUGAUAUCAAGAGACCUAUGGUGUGUACAGCUUUCCACAGCUCAAUCCAUUUUCUGAAAUUGAAAAGGCAAAAUGUAUCCUCCUUUUGGAAAUAUUAGUAAUUCUGGUGACUAUGAUUGGGGGGUGUAAAAUAAAAAAUAUAUAUAUAUAUUAAUAUUAAUAAUAACAGUAAAAUUAUAUAUAUAUAUAUCCUUAAACUGGGUUAAAAUCUGAAUUCAGGUUUUGUUUUUAUUUUUUGUUGUUUUUCCUCUACUUUUUUUCCCCCAAAAAAGUCUAUAUCAAUUUAAUUUGCUUUGGACUGCUUAAGUCUGUUAACUGAGAAUCCAGCUUACGUGAAACAUUGCAUAAUAAACAUAAAUGCUCGGUGACUAGCUCGGAUAUAUUUUGAGGUGCCCAAACUCAAAAGUAUUAAAACAAAGGUGGCAAUGCAACAUCGUCUAAUUCACAUGCCAUCUAGGUUAAUAGUAAGAACACACUUAUAAAAAGCUUAUGAAAAGGAAGAGUACUGUAUUUUUGCUAAAUAAGUUGAUAUUUUGCUUUGGAAAAUUCCCCAAAAUCCAUGCAAAUUCCCCAAAAUUCUGUUACGUUAAAAAUGUUAGAAAGCAUGAGAAAGUGCAAGAUCUUUUAGACAAAACAAAUGGUUUUAAUGUGUGUGAUGUGUUUUAAUCUCGUAACAGUUGAGGUUUUAAUUUUGAAUCUGUUUCCUCAUUUCAUUGUAGAUCUACUAAACUUUUUAAGCUGUUUUGGAUACAUUCAGAGUCACUCUAAAUCCUCUACUCUGUUUAUACAGCAGAGAGCGAGAGUAGCAAUGCUUGGGUUUUUCCUCCAUUUGGUGAUGCAUGUUGUUGGCAACCCGAUUUCAUGGGCAGGAUUACAAAUCGUCCAGCACGCAGCUGUAAUACAGUGAAGCAAUGGAGAAGUAACUUCCUCUUUAGAGAUGGGGGUGGGAGUGGUAACUGUAACCUGAGAUGCACAAAGUAAAAAGCUGUGUUCGAUCCCAAGACAAGCUGCGUUAAGAGUGCUUUGCAGUGAUGAAAGGUGUAUUUUUGUUAUGUUUUUGUAUUAUACUUUGCCAAAAUGAUUGAGAAUAAAAUAUCUACAGUGCAAUCUGAAUGUUUUAAGAGAAAUAAAGUUCACGUUAAAUGUUCCCACUAUAAUUGGGAUGGUUGCAGUGCCUGAUUUAACAAAGGAAUUCAUAAAUAAAUAGGCCCUACAUUCAUGAAUAAAUAACUGUUUAAGCUAAACAGUGUACAACUUUAUUUGCACACACCUUCUGUAUUUGGAGCUGUGUGUAUUUAUACAGUUACAUAUUUGUUAGGCACUUAAAUAUACACUGACAUUUUAGUUGCAAUAAUUGGGAUAUAGUAAUAAUUGGGAAGCUGGCUCUUGAGCAAAAACGUGUAUGUGUGUAUAUAUAUGUGUGUGUUUGUGUAUAUAUAUAUAUAUAUAUAUA